AUGCCUGCCACACUCGAACCUCUUCGACGCGUCAAGUGUACGUAUGCAGACUGCAACAUGUCCUUCGCCACGGAAAAGAUCAUGAAGAACCACAAGAAGAACUUUGAUGACCACGAGUACUGUCCUAAGUGUGAUGAGGACUUUGAUACCUUCGAAGACUAUGCCAUGCACAAGAUCACACGCCCGGAAGAGCACGGACAGGCAUGCCGCGUCUGUGGUGACGAGUUCAAGAGCACGUCUGGCCUAAAGCGUCACAUUGAGCUUAACCACAAAGUCGAUCAGAAGCUCUCUUGCAUUGGUUGCCAGAAGUCCUUCUACCGCGCAUGCCUCUUUAUCGAACACCUCGAAUUCGGUCAUUGCGAAGUCAUUCCAGCCUCUCAGUUCCAAGGCCACAUCGUCCACAAGCAUCUCGUCACAGAAUUAUUAAAGGAUGGUCCGUCACUAGCUCGGCUCAACCAGAAGACUUCCAAGUACGAGGCAGCUGUUGACUUUGAAGAAGACGGUGGGGUUAGACUUAGCGAUGAUCCCAUCAACGAUGAAGCAGAUAUCGAAGACAUUGAGUUCGAAGCGAUCAAGCCGGACACGCCUUUAGAUGAGCUACACACCCCAGUCUUCGGCGGUCAGUACCCUUCUCUACCUACUCAGCUCAGCUUUAUUCCAGACAUGCAUGUGGAAGUUGCAUCGAUGAUGGGUGGCCUGUCGCUCAAUGGAAAUGCUGAUAUUGACUCUGAUGAUUCAACAGUCAUUGAAUCCCCUGCCACGGUUGCUUUCCCCACUAUUUCCCCUUCUCCUUCCGGACACCACUCUGUUCAGAGUCAGUAUGAAUCUUUCGCUCAGGGCGGUUCCGAGGCUCAGGGCUCCAGUACUUCUUCGUCUAAUCGCGAGGUGAAGGUCUGGGGCUCUCGUAAGGGCAAGUCAGUGAGUUCAGUGCUGUUUCCUAACGCUAGGCCAAGGGCUCCUCCCAGUGAUUUUUCCAUCUCUGCGCACGACGAGGCUAUGGAGCAUGCGCAUGGCUUCAAUAUUCUCUGCGAUCGCUUUUGGGACCCGAUGAGUACUGAUUGGAAUCCUGAGAGAUUCUAUGACUCAAUCGUCAACAAGUACUAUUGCCCAUUCGUCUGCGAACAAAACUUUGACAUCAAAGCCGACCUCGAUAAACACAUCCUCGGCGAACACCGCAUAAUACGCAUGAAGUGUACCAAAUGCCUCAAGUAUUUCAAGUCCGCCACCGCCCUUAUGGCUCAUUGCGAGUCGCGUGGCGCCCGCUGCAACAUCAACCAUGCUGAUAACUUCGCCAUCUUCCUGGACAAGAUGUCUGGUGGCUUCCUCGGUGUAGAAGAGAAAAUCCGCCCUGAUCAUCUGAACACUCGCCCAACCAUGCUGAGGAACGCGGAGACCGGACACAUGGAGAUGUACAAGCCGCCCGUUGCUAGUUACCUGCAGUACACGGUUACGACUCCUCCGGAUUGGAAGGAUCCUGUUCGCUCGAGCGUGCAGAUCGGUGGUAUGCCUAGGAAGUCGCAGUGGUAG